UGAUCAACGGAGAGAAGGCUACCCUCAACACCCCCAUCUUCUCUCAGAAGAGGGAGCGCACGCUUGAUAUGCUCAUCAGGGAUCUCUACCAGGAGCAUAUCAACGAUAACCGCGGUGUUGAGCGUAAAAGACACAUCGGUAACGACAUCGUCAACAUCGUGUACUUAGAAGGCAGCCCGGAGGAUAUGGCAUCCUUCUCGCCAUCCUACAUCAAGAGCCAGUUUACUCACAUAUUUGCCCUGGUCACUUAUAACUCGGACGAAGCUUCGUACCGCUUACACGUCUACUCCGAGGAGACAGUACCGCUCUUCGGUCCCUCUCUCUCAGGCUCGUGCGUCUUCCACAACCACGACGAGUUCAGGGAAUUUCUUCUGGUCAAAUGUAAAAAUUGA